UCAAUUUCUCCCGCACCGCAGUCUUCAUAUUCUCUCAAUCGCCCAUUUGUUUUUCAUGUUCCUCAAAACAUACUAGUUUCUCAAGUCUCCCGCACCGUAGCCUUGACUUUGGAGCAUGAUAUUUUGGUUUGUUUUAAAUUGUCCUUCACCUCAAACCUGUUCGAUGAAAUGCCUGUGUCAUGCUUGGAAUUUGAACCACUGCAUUUUUGUCCUCUAAUAUUUGAGAGACUAGAUUUAAGGUGCACCAUGGCUUUGAGGCAAUUGUGUGGAUUUUCUGAUGGGGAGGUGAUGAGAUCAGAUUGUAAGCCUUGUUCCAGAUUCAUGAGACAAACUGCUGCAAUAUUCUCAGUUGGAGGAGCAUUAGGCUUUUGGGUGCUGUGCCGCUUGCACUAUGGCCCUAGAAUCACAGUUCCUCGAAGUCUUAGUUGGGCAGCUUGUGGAGCAGUCUCUACGAGCUCUACCACUGCAUUGCUGGUUCGCCUGUUUAGUCCAGAAUGUGAACCUCAAAAUAUAGCUGCUUAUGACAAAAAAGGAUAGUGCUGCCUAUUCACAAGCUUUGACUACCCUAUGAUGGCAGUUGGGGUCUUACACUUGGAAUUAUGGAGGUUGCUCGAGUUGAAUAAAUGAAUUGAUUAUUGUCUUUAUUGUCACUGCUGUGCUUGUUCUAGGAGCUUGUAUUGCUGCCUUUUGAAUAAUAUGAGAUAGAUAAUGACUUUGUUACUGACUGCUGAUAAUGUAUUUGUCCAUGCACUACUUCAAUGUUUUUCUAUUUCAUUCA